AUGGCUCCAGCGAAGCUCAAGAUAGGCUGUGCGGGCUUAGGGCGUAUGGGAAAGCGUCAUGCACUUCAUUUUCUGAAUCGGACUCCACGAGCCGAAUUGGUAGCUGCGAGUAGCCCAGAUGAUGCAGAAUUGCAGUGGGCUAAACAGCAUCUCGAGCCAUAUGGGGUGAGGCUAUACAAAGACUACGAGGAGAUGUUGAAACAAGAAGGCCUACAAGCUGUCGUCAUUGCAUCUGUGACAACAGUACAUGCGGAGCAGGCGAUCAAGGCAAUGGAGGCCAACAAGCAUGUGCUGUGCGAGAAGCCACUUUCCACCAGUGUAAAAGUUUCUCAAACAGUAGUAGAUGCGGCAAAGAAGAAACCGCACCUGAAAGUCAUGUGCGGUUUCUCCCGCCGUUUCGACGAAUCCUAUCGAGACGCCUGGAACAAAAUGGACUCCGGGCUGAUCGGCCGCCCAUCAAUCUUCCGCAGCCAGACGUGUGACAAAUUAGAUCCCAGCGGAUUCUUUGUAGCCUACGCUGAGUUCUCAGGCGGUAUCUUCGUCGACUGCUCAAUCCACGACAUCGAUCUCGCUUUGUGGUUCUUCGGUCAAGACUCCAUGGUGAAGUCCGUUGUUUCCAGCGGCAUUACGGCCGUGCAGCCUGACCUACGCAAACACAAUGAUCGCGACAACGCGGUUGGCAUUGUCGAGUUCUACGGGGGCAGAAUCGCUUAUCUGUACGCUUCGCGCAUGAUGGCCGCAGGUCAAGAAGACUCAACGGAAAUCAUUGGCACAGAGGGAAAGUUGACUGUGAACAUGCAACCUCAAACGAAUCUCGUAAACAUCUACGAAGGGUCUGGUAUCCGGCGGGAGAUUCCAGGGACGUAUUAUGGAAGAUUUGAGCAGGCCUUUGUGACCGAAGCCAAUGAAUUUACGGCUGCUUGUCUGGAUGAUGGGAAGUUGCCGAUGAAACUGACAGGGGCUGUACAGGCAGUUAAGAUUGGGUGUGCGUUGCAGGAGAGUCUAGUCACGGGGGCGAAGCUUUGGUUUGAUGAGACGGGGAGGAAGGUGGAGAAGGCGCAGCUCUAA